AUGGGACCCUCCACGGCCUCCCGCCUCCCGCGGCACCCCGUCCACGCACAGGGUCCCGCGGAGGCGGCAGAUGAGCGGAUGGACCCGGCACAGACACUGGUGACCUUCAAAGAUGUGGUUGUCACCUUCACCCGGGAGGAGUGGGAAUUAUUGGACCUGCCCCAGAGGACACUGUACUGGAAGGUGAUGAGGGAGACCUGCAGGCUCCUGGUCUCACUGGAUGACAAAGCAAAAACCAAUACUACAGAGCCUUCUGCUUCUCCACCAGCCUUGUUUGAGGGAUGCUCGCCCCACAGGUUACUGACUGAGGAAGACUCCAGUGUUUCCACAUUGGGAGAAGCCAGGGAACAAGAAAGACCAUCAGAAAAACAGGGAGAGCACAUAAGGACAGGGACAGUCCCCUACAAGGAAACCCACCCUGAAAAGGUGAACCCUGAGUGUGAUGAUUUGGUAACAAGUAAAAAUCUGGGCAGAAAUUAUUUACAGGAGCAAGUCUCUCCAGGAGAUGGUCUCCUGGAGUGUGAAUCACAUAGACCAAGGAAAGACACCUUGAUUCAUGGAGGGAAGAAAUCCUAUAAAUGCAAGGAAUGCGGGAAAGAGUUUAUCAAGAAUCACUUCCUUCUUCAACAUCAGUGGAUUCACACUAGAGUAAAACCCUAUAAAUGCAAAAGGUGUGGGAAGGCCUUUCUCAAGAAGGCAGACCUCACAGAACACCAGCGGGUUCACACCGGGGAGAAGCCCUAUGUGUGCAUCGAAUGCCGGAAGGCGUUCAGCCGCAGGUCACACCUCACGGAGCACCAGCGGAUUCACAGUGGAGAGAAGCCUUAUGCAUGCAGUGAAUGUGGAAAGGCCUUUGCCCGCCACUCUGAUUUUAUACGGCAUAAUAGAACCCACACUGGAGAAAAACCCUUUGAGUGCAAAGAAUGUGGGAAAGCCUUUUGUAACAGCUUUUCUGUAACUCGACACAUGAGGUGUCAUUCUGGGGAGAAGCUCUAUGAGUGCAGUGAGUGCGGAAAGACCUACAGCUACAGCUCAACCCUCACUACUCAUAAAAAGAUUCACAGUGGAGGAAAAUCCUACAAGUGUAAGAGAUGUGGGAAGGCCUUUGACCAGAAGGCAGGCCUCAGUCAACAUCAGAGAACUCAUACUGAGUUCUUCUCAAACAGACCUUUUUAA